UAUUUUACGUAACGAAUGUCGACGACCAAUAGGUUCAACCGUGAUCUUGAUGAUUCAAGCCCGAUUCGCAGACUAACAUCAGUCAACUUACAUGGCUGGGUUUUAGCGGACGAACGAUCCGACCAGCCAACCAACUUUGCUUCAUCGUUAAACUUUCCGUUUUCUAUUGGUUUAAUCGAUAUAUAUUAUUCAGAGAUGGGUUUAUUUCUUUACACAAUGGUGUUGCUUGCAUUGUUCACAAUCUUAUGGAAAGUCAGUUCGGUGGUUAGAUACUAUUUGAAAUUUAUAUUUUUCUGUUUGGCAAGUAUGAUUGGGGCGGCCGGACCAAUACCCUUAAUGUUAAACAAACCUCGUGACCCAAAAAAUGCUUUAUUACCUGCGGCAACAUGUCGACUUGCAGCCAAAAUAAUUGGCCUGAAAUAUACCGUGGAAGGGCACGAAAACAUAGUUAAAAACACCGGUUGCGUGGUCCUGAUGAAUCAUCAAAGCAUUUUGGACUUGAUCAUUUUGGCAUAUCUAUGGCCGAUUAUGGAAAACUGCGCAGUGAUCUCCAAAAAAGAAAUAUUUUAUCUGCAACCAUUCGGACUUGCUGCUUGGCUUUGGGGCACCAUAUUCAUCAACCGUUCCGAUUCGAAAGGCUCGAAGGCGCAAGUUAGCAAAUCUGAAAUUGCCAUCCGUAAACGACAGUCGAGGAUUUUGAUGUUCCCCGAAGGCACCAGAAGUCUGGGCAAAAAGCUGUUGCCGUUCAAGAAAGGCGCAUUCCAUUUGGCGGUGGAUGCCGAAUGUCCAAUUCAACCGGUUGCAGUGAGCAGGUACUCCUUCCUGGGUAAACACAAAUUCGAAAGUGGCCACAUCAAAAUCAAGAUCCUUCCGGCUAUUUGCACCAAGGGUUGCACCAAAGAAGACAUUCCUCGAUUAAUUGACGAGACGUACAAAGUUAUGUCAGAGAACGUUGAUCUUAUAUCCGACAGUGAAGUUAAAACAAACUAAGUAAAGGAUUGACUCCAAGAGUUAAGACUGUGACUGAUAAUUUAUGUAUUUAUUUUAUUUUUAUGUAGGACAAAUUGUAAGGAUAUUUUUAAUAAAAAGUUACUAGAACA